AUGCUGGGUAAUGAUGCUGUGCUCAUUGACACUCUUCUCAAACAGUUAUCCACGACAUUCAAGAUUCGGGACUUAGGGACACCAGGGUUCUUUUUGGGUAUUGAAACAGUGAAGGUAAACGAUGGUAUGCUUCUUUUGCAACGUCGUUACCUGGGUGAUAUUCUCACACGUGCAGGAAUGGGUGAUUGCAAGCUGUUGGCCACUCCUGCUGCUGUUACUCAAGCUGUCUCACCAUCUGAGAAACCGUUUGACAAUCCAACUCAAUAUCGUCGCAUUGUGGGGGCCUUACAGUAUUUGACGAUUACUCGUCCUAAUUUAUCCUAUGCAGUCAAUAGAUUAUGUCAGUUCAUGCACUCACUCACAGAAGACCACUGGGGCCUGCUGAAACGAGUUCUCCGUUAUGUCAAGGGUACUCAGGACUAUGGGUUGCGUCUAUCACCGUCGACAUUGACUGCCUUGCAUGCCUUCUCAGAUUCAGACUGGGCUGGAUGUCCAGUUGACAGGAAAAGUACGAGUGGUUAUGUUGUGUUCCUGGGCUCCAAUCUCAUUUCGUGGUUAUCCAGAAAACAACGAACAGUUACCCGCUCGUCUACCGAGGCAGAGUAUAAAGCUCUUGCAGAUGUUUCCGCGGAAGUCACGUGGGUUGUUUCUCUACUUCGGGAACUUGGUUUACACUCCGGUCAGCCUUCUACUAUGUGGUGUGACAAUUUGGGCGCCACAUAUCUCUGCGCUAAUCCGGUUUUUCAUGUUCGUACAAAGCAUGUGGAGAUUGAUUAUCAUUUCGUACGGACAAGGUAG